CACUGAGCCGAACCUGGUUUGAUCAUUUCUCUGGUGAUGAUCGGUUUUGUUGUGACAGUUUUCGGUCAGGUAUCAACGGUCUCCUAGCGUCUUGCACUAACUGAUCCGCAGGGCGUUUUAUUUUUCAUUUAGUCGUGAUUUUUUUUUUCUGCCACGACCCUGUCGUGUCGUGACAAGUCCUUAGCCAAAACCCGAAUUUCACCCGCCACGAAUCCCCCGUUGGACGGCAUAUUCUCUUAUUUUAAUUCGGCUUUUCUGCCCGGCAAGGAACGCGUUGCAGUAUCAGAUUUUUAACGCGGAUCAAUUUCUUGUUUUUUUCUCAUCGGUUCCAACGUUGUAAAGAAUAAAUAAUCCUUCUGGCCGUACGGACGGAGGUCUAACCUAUUUCGUGGGAAGUGUGUGAAAAUAAUUCAAUUGUGAUCCGGUCCGGACUCUUCUCUUCCAGUGGGAAUCGAAAUGGCAAAAAAGCCGUUACCUCCGCCCGCCUUGCAUAAGGUGAUAAUGGUCGGAAGCGGUGGAGUUGGAAAAUCCGCCCUCACCCUACAAUUUAUGUACGACGAGUUUGUCGAAGACUAUGAGCCAACAAAAGCUGACUCGUACAGGAAGAAAGUUGUUCUUGAUGGUGAGGAAGUUCAAAUAGACAUUUUGGAUACGGCCGGGCAAGAAGAUUAUGCUGCGAUUAGAGAUAAUUAUUUCCGUAGUGGAGAAGGGUUCUUGUGUGUUUUUUCUAUUACAGAAGAGGAAAGCUUCCAAGCUACACAAGAAUUCAGGGAACAAAUUUUAAGAGUAAAAAAUGAUGAAAACAUACCUUUUCUCCUGGUCGGGAAUAAAGGUGAUUUGGACGAAAAAAGGAAAGUGAGCUUGAAUGAGGCUCAGAGUCGAGCACAACAGUGGGGUGUGCCUUAUGUAGAAACAUCAGCUAAGACUCGUGAUAAUGUUGAUAAGGUGUUUUUUGAUCUAAUGCGGGAGAUUAGGUCGAGAAAGAUGGAAGACAACAAAAUGACAAACGGACGAGGCAAAGACAAAUCGAAGAGGAAGAAAUUAAAGUGUAUAAUACUGUAGGUUGUGUUCAAAGUUGUCAAUCUUUUCUAAUUUUAAGCAGGCUACUUGUGAUUGUCACAGCAAAAUUUAUCUCGCAUAUGCGAGAGAAUUCACAAUAUGUAAAAAAAAUAUAUAUUAUGUACUUUAAGGGGGUAUACUGUUUCUGCUUUAAUCAACAUGCAAAACUUGGAUUAGUAUCAUUGAAAGGAGAUGUGAAAGUGUGCAUUGGAAUUUAAGAAAUAAAUUAGCCAAGCUCAUCUCCACAUUCUACAUAGUUAUACACAAUUAAGUAUUUUUGUUGUUCGUUUAAAAAUUAAAAAGAGGAGGGUAUAACAAAAAAAAUUGCAUUAACAAAUAGUAACAAUGACUGCUUAAAACAUUAUUUAUGAGCAAACAAUGGGAUGUACAGUAUAUUAUGUGUACAAAAUGUCUCAAAUGUGCCUAGUGUUUUUAUACAUGAAGUAUAACACAUGCAUUUAAUUUAGAAACAUUUUUAAAUUAAUAUUUCUUAUAAUUGUCUGUUUCCUGUGUAAUCGGUGUAUUGAAGAUGGAAUAAUAACAGGAAAUUAUAUUCUACUUUUUAAAAGAGCAUCUUUU